AUUUUCUCGAAAGCGCUAGAUCAAAGAAGAAUCGUAAUUUAGAGAAGCAAGCAAGCUCCAAAGUCCAGGAUGCUUCUUGAUACUUGCAUUUGCAAGGUCUUGAAAGAGAUUACAAUCUGUUCCCUGGGAUGUGGCUGCGAUCCUCUUAAGCCACAAAGAUCUGGCGUAAUUUAGAGAUGUUGAUGACGCUUUCGAUUUGGGUAAUGACCAAUCUGCCUAAGUAGCGCAAGGUAGCUAAGUUUAUCAUUCACUUUUUAUUGACAUCUUACAGGGAAACGUGGUUUGGAGGCCCGUGGUACAGACUUGUUCUCCACAUAGUAGACCGUCAAAAUGACCAUCAAAGGACUGAAGAAGAAGACCCAAACCAAGGGCAAGAAGCAGUUGGCCACUUUCGUGGUUGACUGCACUCAGCCCGUUGAUGACAACAUCAUGGAAGCUGCCGGCCUCGAGCAGUUCCUUACCGAACGCAUCAAGGUCAACGGAAAGAUCGGAAACCUCGGCGACAAAGUCAAGGUACUGCAACUUCCACUCACAGUUUAGAUUCAACAAAUGAUACACUGCCACCGUGUUCGAAUUGCUGUUAAGUUACAGUAACCGGAAGACAUGUACAUAUUUGAUAGUGGUUUUCCCAGAAUCAUUAGGUGAAAUCUGAAUUUAGAUUACAGUGUCGCAUGUACUAGUUCCCUAUCCUGAGUAUUGCAUCCGAUCCUGCCACAGCGAUUUGUACUUUCUACCAUCGUAGGACCUGCUCAGCUUCAAUUCGAUCACUUACAGUAUCGGCGGCCCUCACCAAUCAAAAAAUGUUCACUUCAGCUUGCACGUGAUGGAAGCAAGAUCAGCGUCACCGCGGAACUUCCGUUCUCCAAGCGCUAUUUGAAGUACUUGACCAAGAAGUACUUGAAGAAGCACCAGCUCCGUGAUUUUCUUCACGUGAUCGCUCCGGAGAAGAAGAAGUACGAACUUCGUUAUUUCAACAUCAACGCUGAUGACGAAGAGGAUUAAGCGCGCUUCGAGUGACGAAAGUUUUACAGGAAGACGAAGACAGGGGAGCAGAUCUGUGUACUAUGAGAAUGGUUCAUUUCUAAACGGUAGCGGGGACGGAAAGUGCAAAGUGUUUUGGGAAAGGUGGAAGCGGGAAAUCGUCUACUGGUACUUCCGAAAGACUUUCCGGUAGAGGUGGCAGCGGCGAUGCCUCGCGUCAAAGACUUGGAAAAAAAAGGAAAUUGUGUGGACCUUCCAGUUCUUGUAUCUGUAUCUGUACCGUGGACAGACCUCUUGAAAAA